UCACUCAGCAUCAGCAGCAAAAGCUACAGCUACAACUCAAAUCUCUUUUAAAAUACUGUAGAAUAUUUCUAUAUACCAAACUCCAUUAUGAACUUCUACAAGAUCUUCAUCUUUGUCGCCCUCAUCCUGGCAUUCAGCAUGGGUCAAUCCGAGGCUGGUUGGCUGAAGAAGAUUGGCAAGAAAAUUGAACGCAUUGGCCAGCACACACGAGAUGCCACCAUCCAGGGCUUGGGCAUAGCUCAACAGGCAGCGAACGUAGCCGCCACAGUGAGGGGCUAGACCUAUAUAAAAUUUCGUAUUUUCAUUAACUU